AUGGAAGCAACUGUGCCCGUGUCGUAUAGGAUCCCGAACAAUGAACUGAGGGCCAUGGAGCCGCCUCGCUAUCUAGGCUCUCAUGUCGAUCACCCCAGUCUACCCUACUUCUCGACCACUUCCAUGGCAUAUGCGCCUCAUCUAGCCUCCGCUCCUUAUGAAGUUCUGGGAAGCUUCCAAAAUUCCUAUCAGCAGCAGCCGUUCUUCUGUCCUCCGCCUCAGCCUGUUGCUUCGGCGCCUCCGUCUCACCACCAUCAGCCUACGCGAAUCUCCACUGAAUCCGUGUCUCUGCCAUCUUCCUCUCCGGAGCAUCAACCGUCGAAAAUACCACACGCCAGAUUACCUCAAGACAGUCAGCCACGCAUCCCUAGCAACUAUCAUCAUCCCGGUCAGACGCUCGUUGUUGCUCCUCAACCGCCUUCUCCUAAUAUCAAAAAGGAACAUGACGCUUCCGCGCUUCCAACCGAUGUGGAAUUUUCCACGGAAAUUGACAUUCUCAUGAAAACAAUCCAGUCUCACGAAGGUUCUACCACCCCUGCGCCCCAGAUAUCGCCAAUCCAGCAGCAUAUGGCUCAUGUACCACCAAACCCUUAUCAAGUUGGUGUAGCAACAUACCAGUUUCCAACCCCAAACCCUGAACCCGCUCGAUUUACAGCAAGUAGCCCAGAAAAGACUACAAAGCAAAAGCGCAAGCAUCAAUGCACGUUACCUGGCUGUGGGAAACUGUUCACUCAGAAAACCCAUCUAGACAUCCACAUGCGAGCUCAUACGGGCGCUAAACCAUUUAAAUGCAACGAGCCAUCAUGCGGGCAACGUUUUUCGCAACUGGGCAACUUGAGAACACAUGAACGCAGACACACCGGCGAGAAGCCCUAUUCCUGCGAUAUCUGCCACAAGAAAUUUGCCCAGCGAGGCAAUGUUCGGGCCCAUAAGAUCACACAUGAGCAGGCCAAACCAUAUACAUGUCAGCUCGACAACUGCUGGAAACAAUUCACUCAACUGGGAAAUCUCAAGUCCCACCAAAACAAAUUCCAUGCUACGACGCUCAGAAACCUGACUCUUCGGUUCGCGCACCUGAACGAUCCGGAUUCCAUGUCGCCUGAUGACCGCAAUCUAUGGGAAUACUUUUCUAGUCUCUACAAAAAUAGCAACAAGGGGAUCAAGGGACGGGGCAAAGACCGCAAAAUAUCCUACUCAACUCUGCUUCACCACCAUACAGAAAACAAAGAUCUUGAGACCAAAGAACUGCCACCACCCAGCGAUGAAGGGUCGAUUAGCAGCUAUGACGACGGAGAGGAUGACGAAGAGCUGCUUCAUAAGCAGCGCUACAUGCAUCACUACCACCAACACAAUCCCCACCAUACUCAUCUCCAUCAUCCUAACCAUCAUCACGGUGGGAAUUCUUCGAACCUUGUACACCACCAUUUACAGCAUCAUGAGCCAUUCUAUACCAAAAAGGAGCAUUAA